AUGAAUGACCCUUUCGCUAUGCUGGACCCGGUGCAGAAGCCAGGAUCGUCGUCCAAUGGUUCUUCUGCAUCGAACUUCGCCACUGCACCGAGGCCAGCCUACCCACCGAUGGCCAACCCUUUCGACAAUUUCUCGAGUGCUAGCUCUGGAAAUUCAAUGAUGAUGCAUCAACAACAACAACCGAUGUACCCAAACGGUGCUAACUUUAUGACUCAGCAGGGUCCUCCGGCAUUUGGCGGUCUCAGUGGUGGAAACCAGCAAUUCGCGACGUACAGUCCGUACCAGCAGCAAAUGCCAGCACCUGCCCCGAUAAUGAUGAUGCCCCCACAAAUGCAAAUGCAACCACAGAUGCAAACGCAGGUGCAACCGCAAUUUCAGCAGAACCAAAACAAUGUCCCCACCAAACUGACGCCGAUGCCCACCUUCGGAGGCGAGCCGAUCAUGUAUGACAGCAUCAAAAACGUCAUUAAACCAGCAGACCCGUUCGCCACAGCCCCCAAUUUCGCAGCGCUUCGUGCUCCUGAACCCACGUUUGCUCCGCCGCAGCCACACCAAGCACGAGAUACGAAGUCUACCAUCGUCGACUUUGACCCCUUCAGCCCCAAAGGUGCCACGCCGCGAUCACCGUUUGACUUCCCCGACGAUGCCACAGCGACAAAUACCUCAACAGGAUCAAAUGACCGUUUUUCGUCCUUUGGAGGAAAGCGUCCUACACAGGAAGAGCAACGCUCGCAAUUGGGAUUUUCAUCGGAGGGCUUUGCUGCUGCGUCGGCCAAACCGUUGCAACACAGGAUCUCUCUUCGGGAUGUCAACAACAACACCAGCACUAACAAUGAGGACACUACCCCGUACUUCCUCGAGGGCAACGACGCAUUCAUGCACUCAAAUUUUGCCAAUCUGGACGACUUUGAAACUAAUACUACAAGAAGAGGUAGCAGCUCAGCGAAUGCAUCCACAGAGUCCACCAGCCAGGGAGAGAUCCCCGAGGAAUGUGGCAAAGAUGAAUACGAUGUUCGCUUCGAAAGUGGUCGCAAACUGGGUGUUCUCAUGGAGCGUGUCGACGUUUGGAACGCGGCCAACCAGCGCAAGGAGACCGCAGUGGUGAAGCUCGUGGUCGAGAAUGGUGCCGCUGACCGCGUGGGUGUGUCCAUUGGUAGUACCGUGGUGGCUAUCAAUCGGAAAAGCGUGGAGAACGAGACCUACGUCGCCAUUUUGGAAAUGAUCAAGGCUGCUCCACGUCCUCUUCGCAUGCGAUUCCAGCGUGGAUCUCAGAAUAAAGACACUACACAGGGCACUAUCCUUACCAGAAUCUCCAAUGGCACAUUUAGCGUCGGCAACCUUACGUCGGGCAACGCGACGUGGACAACUAAGUACUUUGCGUUUGGAGGUUCUAAGAUGGAUGUUCUCCAGCUCUUCGUAUCACGAGCAGCCUACCACGAGUGUGUGAUCGCUUUGUACGAGAAAAGAGGCGUGCACACGCAGAUCCAGUCCUUCCGUCUGUGCCGAGACCACAAAAUCUCCCCGAUCAAGAGCAAGAUCUACAAGGGUUAUGGAAACCUCCACUACUUCUCGCUGUCGGUGCCUUCGCUGCGCUUCGUAGCUGCCAAGUUUGCAAGUGACGACUACGCGACCAUCAAGAACAUUUGGUCCAACACUUACGAUGCCAUUGAACGCAAGAAGCGCAUGGCGUACUAAGACCUCCACCUUACACCUUCGUCGUCUCCUAGCUGCAGCUACUUAAGUAUAGUUUUACACCACAACUAUCCUUGCUCAAAGAAAGAAUUUAUCCUCGA